AUGUGCGCUGCGUCUACAACCUGCUCUACAACCUGCUCUACGAAAAGGGGGCGGCACGCUGCGCCUCACUGCAGCAGGAAGCGGAGGUUGACCUGUUGCAAGUCGAAGCUGAGCUCGCCCUCGCCGAGCGAGACGGCGUUCGCGGUGUCGGUGGAGAAGCGCGCCUCGGGGAGGUUGAGUUUCCCCAUGAGCUCGAGCGCGAGCCUCUUGUCGAUGGGAAUACGCUGCUUGAGCGUGAGGCCGUUGGGCGGCCGGUCGUGCGGCACGAUCGGCCCGAACGGCUUGACGUUGACGGAGAAGAGCGUGCGCCGCGUCCGGAUGUCGAACGCCGCACGCACGUCCAGCUUGGUUCGCGUGUCGAUGUCGAACCGCUUCGUCAGAGAUACUUGGUUGCCGAAAAACUCGAGCCGCCCGCCGAGAAACCGGUCGCGCCACGACCAACGGAAGGACACGUCCCGCGUGCGCGCGUCUAGGUCCGCCCCGAGCGUUAGCACCGUCAGGUUGAGCGGGUAG